AACCAAAUAGAAAUAAUAGCUGACCACCUUCUGUUAUGCAAGGAAAGCAGGGACUCGUUCUAUGCAGGAAAGUUUGCGUAGGCAACCAAACAAGGCCUGCCUAAGUGGAUGCAAGCCAGAAGCAGCCUAUCUAGUUAGUAGAACAGGCCCUCUAGCUAAUCUACCAAACACAUCCUUAUUGUAUAUAUCGCUGUACUAUCUGAUGAGGAAAUUUAUCAAUGAGGUUACUAUUGCCUAUCUUCUUUCUUUGGUCAAGUAGUAUUAUACGCUGCCUUGCAUUAUUGGAUCAUCAUGACUCGGGUUUUCUUGCGCGAAAGCAGCCGUGCCUGUUUUGUGUUUUCUCUAAUCAACAAGUUUCCUGGGCGUUACGUCUCAUGCGCUUGUGGCCUUUUACAUAAGCAACCCCCCCGACCUCUUUUCCCUACCCUCUCUUUCGUUACCUACAGGCUACAGCUCCCGUCUCUCCGCCGCUUGCUUGGAAAACGAAGAAACCCUCCUCCACCAACCCAAUCCAGCUACAUCCGUCUGGGUGAACUCCAGGGCCAGGAGCAGUUCGCCGCCUUCGUUCGCAUCACCUACGCGGUUCGAUCCAACUGGCAGGAAGGAACGUGAUGGCCAAGACGAGCUCGUUCAAGCUGGAGCACCCCCUUGAGAAGAGGCAGUCUGAGGCUAAUCGGAUCAGAGAGAAGUACCCUGACAGAAUUCCAGUGAUUGUUGAGAAGGCUGAGAGGAGUGACAUUCCUGACAUCGACAAGAAAAAGUACCUCGUCCCUGCUGAUCUUACGGUUGGACAAUUCGUGUAUGUUGUUAGGAAGAGAAUCAAGCUCAGUGCUGAGAAAGCUAUCUUCAUCUUUGUGAAGAACACCCUUCCACCAACAGCUGCUCUGAUGUCUUCAAUCUAUGAAGAGAACAAGGAUGAGGAUGGAUUCCUCUACAUGACCUACAGUGGUGAGAACACCUUCGGGCUCCUCUAGAUGGCUCACCACAAUCGGGUCUGCCUUGCCCUUGCUUCCCUACUGAUGCCCUGCCUCGUGUAAAUAAGACCUGCCAAGCAAUUGUGUAUAUUCUGGUUUCCUCGCUCAACUGCUGGAAGUCUAAAACCUACCUUAUCAUGGACACCGUUUAAAUUAAGUAAUUGACUGGACCUGAAUCUGGGGGGUCCUAUGACCUAUGUCGUUUACGGUUACUGGUCCUUGUAAAUGCUGUAACGAGGUCAAUUGGAUUCGCAG